CAUGUAUUUACCAAUGGCUAACCUAUUUGUGUAUUGCUAUACGCUAUUUUAACCAAGGCGCGACUCUCAGCGCGUCAUUGAGAGAUUGCGAGUUUGCGACAGUCACCAGAUCCGUCCGGGUUUCUACUCCCACAACUCCAACAAGCACAUGAUCCGUCCACGUUUCACGACAAGAUGGCCGCCUUUUCGGCCAUCAACGUCGAGCCGGAGGAGAACAUUGAUGACGAGGUCGACACUACUAAGGAGCUCCAGGUCGAAGACGCCUUGAAGCUCUUUCAGAACGCCUUGAAGCUUCACGCGCAAGGCCCGAAAUUCUUUGAGCAGGCAGCCGAUGCCUAUAAUGCUCUAUUCGAGUCCGAGAUCUUCAAAUACCCCGAGAGCAAGACGGAUUAUGAGCGCGCCGAGGCAGGACCGGACGGCAUUCUCGCCAUCGACCCCGCUUUCGCCCAGGGCCUACCGGUCGUUGGCACAGACGUGGAUGGGCUUGCCAGCAGCCUGCCCCAGGCGCUUUUCUUGUCGUACAAGAAUCAUGGCCAAUUUGUCGUCGAUCGCAUCAGACAGAAGGCUCGCACCAUUUCGGGGAACGGCGAUGCUCUACUUGAAGACUCGGCUGCGCGGCAGGACGCCCAGAGAGCGCUUUACGACUUUUCGGCUGCCCUGGACCGUGAUCCCUCGGAUGCCGAACUCUGGAGGAAAGCUGCACGAGUUGCCGCUUUCCUCGGGAGCUCCCGAGUCAGCCGGUACAGCUUGGAGGCCGCCAUCGAAUUGGAUGACGACCCUGCCGUCGAUGAAGUUGAGCCACCGUCAUUGGCCGAGGGCUUUGCAGGCGAGCAGCUCAGACAACAGCUUGAUGUGCUGGGGGACGAGAUGGCAUUGACUCACCCUAUCAUGAAGCCGUUCAUAAACAAAGAGGUGCCGCCGUAUCUCGCACGAUUCGUAGAUCCAAUGCCAUUUCUGCCCAAUCCCACUAAGUGUCUCGCGGUUCCGAGGCCCCAGACAGCGGAAAUGGAUGCAUCGCGUCUUGUCAUCACCAUCUCGAAGCUCUCUUGGACUGAGCUGGGAGAGGCAAUAGUCCGCGUCGUUACCGAGGAGGGGCUGCCAGGGCAGGCCAUAUCGAUUCAGCUGCCCAAUGUAAAUGGUGAAGCCGAUGCACUGAUGGAGAUGGAGGAUCAACUUCCACCGUGUGGAUCUUCUCCCAUUGCAGAUGAAGCGAUCGGAGGGAACCCACGAGAAACGACUAAAGAGCAAGCAGCAGACAAGGAGGUUGUGGUCGAUGAGCCCAAGUCCGCAAUCGCAGAGACGGCGCCGACAAACGAUCAGGCGACGAAGGACCGAAGCGCUUCGAUGCCAUCCAUCAGGAAACGCUCACAGUCAGCAGCGGGUAUUCCGGAUGCGCACGAAGAGGAAGCGGCGGAUACGAAGAGAAGCAAACGAACCAGGCGUCGAGAUACCGCCGCCGAAGAAGUCAUGGACUCGGCCACGUUUCUCGCAACGCAGCUCCAGCCGUUGCAAGCUGCCGACCAGAAUCUGUUCCAAACUACCAAAAACCUUCUCGAGAACCUCGGGGUGACAGACCAGCUGACACUGGGGAAGCUCGCCGAGAUCCUCGACUUUUGUGCUUCGGAUGACCGGACGAGCAAAGUUCAAGAUCAAGCCACCGUCGACCUUCGAGAUUCCAUCACUAAUUUCGACGAAGAAAUUGGGGCAAUCCUCUUGAGCAAGCGAGAGCUUCCUCAGUUGAGUCUUUCUGCCUUUCUCGAGCACACGAGAUUGGGGUCUCAGCGGGCUCAGGAGCUUCCGCCAUUUGAGGAAUCUCAAGGGCUGAAAGACUUCGCAUUAAGAAGCAACGAAGGCUGGAAUACGAUACAUGACCUCGCCUACGAGUAUGUCAAGGCCCUGGCCAAAACCUACACCAACCGCAAAUGGCCGGACCAGUUGAGGGCGGUAAUAGCCGAUGUCGUCGGCGAACUGGAAGGCACCAUAUACGACAGGUUCAUUUAUGACCUCGAGCUUUGCCAAGGGGACGGGUCAACUGAAGCACUUGCCGAGCUCGCAGGACUUGCGCAGAUGCUCGUUGAACUUUGCCUAGACAUCCUUAACGCUCUUACGGGACCGGACAGCACAGCGGAGCAGGGCACAAAGUCGCAGGCAAAGGCUCGAAUGGACAGGUGGAUGGAUCUCGUCGUUGGGAUCACGAGAUUGCGAGACCCCGAGCAAGGCGACGCACUUGCGCUCCGCUUCCUCUGGGCUGCAGUGUGCUCCGUCACAUCGGCAAAGGGCACGCCACGGGAUCAUGUCAUUACCUGUUGGCAUGGUCUACGUGACUUCCUCGCCAUGUCUUCCGGGUCUGAAAUUUGCCUUCCCAACAACUCUGCAAUGCCCGAAAUAUCCAUCGCUGCUGCGGAGCGCGAGAUAUCCAAGUCGACAACGAUGGACUUCUUUCUAGGCCUGUUCCAGGAGGACGCGGGUGACCCAGUGUCAGUCAUUGAGAGCUUGGAGCCCGUUCUCAACCCGGAAGGCGUCUAUAUCAGCGUUCCUCGGUCGCUUGAGCCGAACGGGGUUGAGAGCGAUCCCCCCCAGCCUGGUCAGCGUAAGCAGCCAAUCUCAGAGUGCGCCAGCCAGCAGCUGGUGGACCUGUGGAAAUUCCUCAAGAACAGCAACACGGAGUUGCGGUUGCUUUUGUGGUCAAGGCUCGGCGAAGCCUAUGGGAAGAUUCGGUACACGACGAAGCAGUUCUCGUGCUUCCUCCGCGGCAUCGAAACCAUCAUUUCCGACUUGGAGGCUAAUCAAUACACACACACUCCGGAUGACCCCAGGAAGAGUUUGUUCAUGAGCCUACUGAAGGCGCUCGAUGACCUCAUCAUUCAGUCGCUACAUCUGGCGCUGAACGACAACAGCUCCUUCGACAUCAUCGACGACGACCAUUUGAGGUCCAGCAUGUCCGCUCUGGCAAAGGUCAACUGCAUCUUGCAUGUGGCUGCGAUGUACGAGGACGAGACGCGGGUCGGGAUAAGACCAGCGCCCGCAAGCAAUUCAAGCCUGAGAUCAUUCCUCAACAAGCUGCAGGAGAUGCAGGUGCGGACCUGGUCGCUCCAGUACACCAUGCUCAAGGUUGGUGUCAACCAACAUGCAGAACUGUUCCCAAGACCCGAGAACGAUCUCGCCGACUACUUGGCGGCGGUGCAUCAGGUGUUGGGCCUCCGCAAGUGCUGCAAGGCGUCCAACAAGAUCUUCCUCAAGAUGAUGCGCGUCGAGCUCCUGAAACAGAAGAACAUCGACAACUGGGAAGACUAUCUCGGCCAGGUACUCUACGAUCUGCACGGACUGAAGCUGGGCGUGGGCAUCUGGGAGGUGCAGGACCACGGCUGCGAGCCCGAGAACCUGGAGAAGCGUCAGGCACUGCAGCUGGUCGAAAAGGUGACGAUGCUGGCCAACAGAAUGUCGAUGAAGGAUCUCCUCAAGUCGGACCUCAAGACGACGAUUGAGCGGAUGCAGCAGGCGAUAGGGUCCGCCAAGUCGAGCCCGCAGAUGGCCCAUAACCUCCGCAACUACUCCGAGUAUCUCAAGGCCACGAUCCACCCGUUGCAUCUUUACCAGGCCCUGACUGGCAACGUCGAUCUGGACGCGGUCACUAUCAACACACCAGAGAGUGCCCCCGCCAAGCACGGGUGGUUCUUCCUGCUAGGCAUGAUCGCGCUCACCAAGUUCAAGGGCGUCGACCUGAAUCGCCGACAGACGCCGGGUGCGACGGACGAUCUGCGCAUCGCGGCUACUUUCCUGCGGUUGCAGCUCCAGUACACCCCGGACCGCUGGGACGCCUGGUUCCGCCUGGCAGAAUGCUUCGACUAUGAAGUGGAGGAGUCGGUGCUCUGGACCGCCGACAAGAUGAACAAGGAGCGCGCUGAGCUGGUCAAGCUCCAGAGGAAUGCCAUCCACAGCUACACCAUGGCCUUGUCCCACUCGUACGCAUGGGAGUCGGAUCGUGCCGUGCUCACCUCGUUGGAGGACGACGAGGAAGCGUUGUACGACAUGUACCACGAGUUCGGCAUGCGCAUGUAUUCUUCGAGUCGGGAGCCCUUUGCCAUGGAACCCUUUCAACAUGCCGACCACAAGAGAUGGUUCGUUGAGGACGGGAAGGAGGGCACGUUCAAGAGGAUCCUGCAUGUCGAGAUGACCGACUACCAGGUAUGGAAGUUUGCAGCUCACCUCUUCCGGAGGGCGAUGGUGGGCAAGCCGAGGGACUGGAAGAACCCGUUCAUGGUGGCCAAGUGUCUCUGGAAAAUGUACCAGACGCCACCGGAAGAGUUGGACGAGAAGAACCGGCGUCAUCGUCCCAGUGUGCAGGCAGUGCUGGGCGCACUCGAGAAGUCCGUGGAGGUCGUAUCAUCGCUGCCGAAGCCCAGGCAUGGCCAAGAACCAAUCCUGGAGCCACACUACAAGAUCCUGUCGGUUGUCCACAAACUCGUCAAGAGAGGCGACCUGCCGGCCCAAGAAGGCGCGAACAUCUUGCAGCGCCAACCAUUCGCACCCGCGCGUGACAAGGAGGUUGCCAUUGAGAGUGCCGAGGACUGGGACGACUACAUGAUACAAUGCCUGCGGUUUCUGCGUGACAAGGACAAGUCCAAUUGGCAGCAUCGGCUCAUCAUGCGCCACGCUCGCAUUCUCUAUGGCGACGACGAGAAGGCGGACGCCACCGCAGAUGGGAACUCCCUCCUCGCCAGGGCCGCCUUCCACGUUCUUCGGGACAGUAUGUUCACCAAGACGAUGGUGAUGAACGUCUGGAAGUGCGACGCGGAGCGGCCGGGCCGACACCACGUGUACACAGAGAGGUACAUCCGGUACAUGGUCAAGCUGCUGGAUGUCUUGAACGACCGAGCCAACCUCGAGGCCGUGCUACGCCGGAUCCGCAAGAAGAGCGCGGAAUUCUACCACUUCAACGAACUGUGGCAGUACUGCGUGAUGACCUACGUUAAGCUCCUCCGGCAGACGUUCAAAGUGGCCGUCGCAGAAGACGAUGCAUUCAAGAGCAUCAGCCAGGAAGAAUUUGACGUCGUAGGCGAGAAGAUCACGCAGUGGGCGACCACGGCCGCCGCAGAAGACAACGGUGCUCUCAGCGCGAUGAAGGAGGCGGUCGAGCUCAAGAAGCUGAACGCCAACCUCAUGAAGGCCGGCCCAAUCGACGACCUGAUCACGGACUGCUACUCAGCCAUCUACCUGCACCUCAGGUCCGAGCUCCCCCCCAGCGCCGACCAGUCCUCUCAGGCCGCCGGCAAUAACGACUCCGCCGCCGAAGCACGCCCAGAAGAUUCAACAACGACAGCAGACAUCAGGACCAAACUCCUCCACACCCUCAUCACCCAUGACAAAGAAUCCCCGUCCUCGUCCUCCCUUCUGAACUCCUUCGGCGCGGACUCGGAGCAACCCGACAGCAACAAAGACAAGUCUGAAAAACAGUCCGUCGCCGGCGACGCCGCCGCGCCGCGGGUGUCUCGCGUCGGGGGCAUCAGGCGGCCCAACAUCCUGCGCAAGGCAGAGCAGGCCGUGCAAGCGGUCCUGCGCGCGGCCGAGGUACCGCCCCGGUCAGCCGGUGGCGGCGGCGGCGGCAGCGGAGUAAACGGGGUCAAGGCCAGGUCGAGGGUGGGCAGCAUGAGUAGCGCGAGGGAGCGGGCUGCUAGGGGUGAGAGCGGCGAGGCUACUGAUGAUGAAGAUGAUGCAGGGUCGGCGCGGGGUGAGGAUGAAGAUGUGGAGAUGAAGGAUGCGGAGCAGGAUGGGCGCCAUGAGGGCCGUCUCAAGGCCGGCAGAACUACCAUUUCUGGUGUUGGCGGUCGUGGGGACCACCACGGCAGCGAGAUAUCCAGUCCUCCCGGGAGCGUGCAUGACUCGGCGGACGACGAGAGCGAUCUGAGCGAUGUGCCGGCGGAUUACGAGGACGAUGUGCCGCCGUCGCUGCUCUUUCCUAAUCUGAGGAGGAGUGUGGACGCGGGCAUGGUGAAGGGGACCGGGGAUGGGAUGAGAGAGGGGAGUGCCGAAACGGAUGCGGAAGAGACUGAGGAGGACGGGAGGGAAGAAGAUGAUGGCGAUGAUGAUGAGGGCCAGGUUGAGGGGAGGGAGAAUGAGGAACACGAGGGAAAUGAGGAAAAUAUGGAUACUGAGGAGGAGGAGCAGGAGCAAGAAGGCGAAGGGGAUGGUGACCAGGGUGAGGCCCGCUCGAGUCCCGCACAGCCACGAACACUGCAGGGUGAUGCCGAUGUCACGGAGGAUGAGGAGGAGGAGGAGGAGGAGGAGGGGAGGAAUGAUUCAGGACUUCAUCUCAGGUAUCUAUUCUAUUUAAGGAACCGGCAUUUGUGGCAGGGCAAAAGGGGAGUUGAGGGGCUAGGUGGGCUGCUGGAGGCUAUACAGGCGUUUCGGCACUCCGCUCCCGCAACAAGAGCUUGCUUCUUGCACGAUAUGGAAUCACAUUUGGUUGGGAAGGUAUUCGUCAUUAAUCACACCUUGCUUUGACGUUAAGAGCCAGAUAAGAGUCAAAGCACUCGUGCAGUAGCAUAUAAACAACCAAGCGGGCUUUCAUCGCCCAAUGUUCGGCUAUCAAAACUUCUGAAGGCUCUUUACUUCGUAUUAUGCGUAGUACCAUAGGAACCAAUAUAUAUUCCGAGCAAGUCCGUAUUUACUUCAUCUUCUCCUGUAUCUUCGAGGUUACAUAGCCUGAGACUGCCUGCCUGCCUCUGAGCAAAGCCGCACGGACCCCUGGUAGCGACCAAAGCAUAACCCACCCCGCACGUCACUCCAAACCCCACCUUCAUCUGCUGCCUUGCCUGGAACCUUGAGAGCUUCACACGACUGCUACAUCCAACAAG